UUUCAUUAGGAAAACUGGGCGCAACCACGUCUGGGGAAAGAUUGCACAGCAAAGGCAAAGGAAGGAAGAGCUGCACUGUAGGGAUUUUUUCACCAUGGCCCACCCCUCUGCCACCAUUGUUGGACUGUUCAUCCUCUUGAUUGGCUCCACUGUGGCAGAUUCUGAGAGAACACCUCGAGCGGCCCCUUCAAGUGCAUGUCAGGAACACGCAAGUCUUCACAACCGCCUGGAUGUGGUGGAAAAGAAAGUGGAGGACACUGUUGGCAAGUUGGAGGCUGAGCUGGCUGCACUCCUGGAGGACAUUGAAGACCCAAAGUGGCGCCCCCUGCUGGACAAAACAGGAAAUCCUGUCGACAUCCUGGAGGACCCUGCGAGUGUUCAGUCCUAAAUCAAACAUCCAUUAAGGAAUUUGACUUUACACAGUUGAAGUUUGCAUCAAUACAAUAUAUCACUUACUCAUUUGUCAGUCCUUCCAGAAUUUCACUGACUUAUUUGUCAUUGUGCUUUAAUUCGCGGCAAACUUUUCAAAAAUGUGCAAUGGAUAACAAGAAUGAUAACAAAUUUGUUAUCAAUGUAUUUUUUUGUAACUAUAACACCUCCAAAACAUAUUUAGUUUUUAACAAUAAAAACAAAAUUUGCUUUAUUUUGGCACAAUUUUUUGUUUAGUUUGUAAAUAAAUAUUGACCUUUUAUUCCUACCUUACACGAUGACACUAGAGGGCAGUCAAAAGCACAUUCUUCGACUCCAUUAUUCUAUUACAAAGGCUUCUUUUUGUUGUCUAUACAAUCUCUGUUUAUGCUUAGCCGUUAAAAAACUAGUCCAUCGUAAACGUUAAUAUAUUUUCCAAGGAAGUUAGGACGUGUUUGUGUUGCCAAAUGUCCAAUAUACUACAUUACCCAGAAGGCUUAGCGCGAAAGACGGGAGCUGGAUGAGGUUCUGCGCUACGAGUGAGUAAGGUUAGGCAUCGGAAGUCCUUGUGAACCGGAUCUUACAUUCCGUUUCUCCCAGAACCAUUCAAACUUUUAAAACGUUGAUUCCUAUUAGCGUUGCUAAUCCUGCCUUCGAGAAGAAUUAGCUGCAAUAGAGGCAGUAAGCAGCGAAUUGAAUUUCUAAACACCGUGAGGAGCCACUCCCUCAACUCAUUAAUUGUCCAUUGCUGCAAAUAAAUUGCAGUUCUUUGGUAUUAUCAUCACUGGAGGACGAGGCUAAACAUGUUACGCACAGAUAAUGAGCAAGCAGGACCAGGCAAGCUAAAAGCCGAGCAAGCCAUUGAACUGUGCUUAGUACUUAGUAAACUUUAAAGAUGCCAUAUGUAAUAAUUUCAUGUCAAGUCAUCAUUAAAUGGCCCUAAUAUUUCAAAAGGCAUUAAUAAAUCAUGUUCUUUUUGAAUACGCUAUCCGGGAUAUGCUCAUUUCAAAAUUAGAUUUACAGCCUGGAAAAUGUUUUAUUGUUUUAAUUUCGAUGUCCCGCCCUCCACCAUUUUACCAAUUAGAAAGUCAGUGAGUGUGUCACAUCCAGGUUGACAGUUACACACCACCAUCUUCGUCUGGCUACUGCCACAGGUUACUAAAUAUGUCAGACCUUAGUAAAUCUAAAAGGCCUCGUUACGAUUCACAACUUAUUCAUGACAAAGCCAGGACAAAACAAGGAUUUGUAUCGGAGAUGCCUUUGAAAGAUGGAGACGAUUGAAGGCGGAGAAUAAUUUUUAAUCUGACGCCAAAUUUGCUAAUUUCCUCCUUGAUAGGUAAGUAAGGCAUUUGCGUUUUCUUAUUACUUGUAAUAAAUGGGAAUCGACAUUUCGUAUGUAAACUACAUUGUCCAAUACGGUCCAUGAUCUUGUCUAACAAAGCUAGUAUGUUUGUGCAACGAAUGCUUAGUGUGAUGCUCAGCUCCUAGUAUAAAGCUUAGUUAGCAUGCUAGCCCGGUCAAUGACACAUCGACAUACAGGCUAACGGGGGAAAUAUAUGCCCGUUAGCCUGUAUGUCAAUGUGUCAUCCAACUGACAGGGCAAAAUAUAUUUUUGACAAAUAAAACCCAUGUGGAUAUGGGUAGUGUCAGUGCUUAUUUCGUUCUCAAUAUGCUGAUACACUGAGGAAAUGCUUUCCAACAUUAGCACGGCUAAUUGCAGUUUCUAGUACUGUAUGUGCAUCAGGCACAUAUGGGGUGGUAUUUGCUUGGCACGAUAUAAUGCAUUACAUGUAAUGAUUUUCUACUUUGUGUAUUGACAUGGUAGUAGGCUGUAUGAUUUAUGCGUAACGUGUUUUUUGCGUAAAGUUGGUUGGCUCAUAGAAUUGCACUCUGCAGUGAAAGAUGGUGAUGUGCGUACAUGGAAGAGAAUGCAGGGUGUCAGGUUGGAUACAAUAUGGAGUUAUGCUGAACGACAUGUGGCGGUAAUUUUACUGUUGGCCUUGGCUUGCCAUCACAGUAGUCCUAUGCAAUAUAUAAUACAUUGUAUAUUAUUAUAUAUAAUUAUUUUGAUGGUGAUCCGUGCGGUUAAACUAGACAUGUUAGAAGGGUAAUGCCGACAAUCUGUACAGACUACCGACGAAGAUAUUGCUACGUAACUUUACAAAUAGAUUUGACUAAUCGACAUCAGUAAAAUGUGGCAUAAUUACUUAGUAAACCAUCUUGCAAGAAGCAUAAACAAGAGAAACCUACGGCGUAGGACUCGUCGAUUGCCAUUUGAAGUUCCUUGGAGUAGGAUUUGGAUUUGGCUGCGUAUCUGGCAACCUCAGUCAUGGAGAGUGGGAGGGCACUACAGAAUUUUGACCGUGAUUGCAGUACCAUUUCUGGCCACAUUACUACAUAUGGCAUCUUUAAGAAGUGUAAAUGGAACCAAGUUACCACAGAAGUAUCAAAUCAAACUUUAUUUAUAUAGCACUUUUUGUGCACAGGCAAGUGGCAACAACAAAGUGCUGUAUAAAAAUGAUGUAUUAUUAUACGUAAGUAGUUAUUAACAUAAAAUUAACACAUAGAUUUAUAAUAGUCUAGAGAGAGGGUAAUACAGCCUGUGGAAACAAAUUAUGGAAUCACCAGACUUGGCUCAUUAGUUGUUGAGUUUUGUAGAAAAAAAGCAGGUAACAGACAAGAUACAAAACUAUAGACAUUAUUAAUGCCAACUUUCUGGCUUGAAAUCAAGCAGAUAAAUUGUGGUAGACAGUAACAGUUUAAUUUUUGGAUUAGGCAGAGUGAAAAACAGAUGGAAUCAUGAAAAACAAACAAAAACAAUUAUACUACAACACACCACUAGUACUUUGUUGCACCACCUUUGGCUUUUAUAACAGCUUGCAGUCUCUGCCUCA